UGACACAUGACGUUUGUCAUCGCUACCAAAAAAAAAAUCUCCUACAGAAAGUUUUAAAAUCUCAUCAAAAGAAAACGUUGUUUUAUUCAUUUUAAUAAAUUAAUAACUUCCCAUUAACAAAUAAAAACAAAAAAAAAAAAUGAGUGAUAGCUCAGAUGAAGAUCUUUCUCCCGACUGGAUUCCAUAUAGCCGCCGAAAAGAGUGGUCCGAUGUAACGCCACUCGCCCAAGACGAUGGCGAUUAUCCUGUUGUUGCAAUUGCAUACAGUCCAAGAUUUCGAGAAGUUUAUGAUUAUUUCCGUGCCAUUCUCGCCAACAAAGAGAAAUCUUUAAGAGCUCUUGAAUUAAUCAAAGAUGCCCUUCAACUUAAUCCGGCUAAUUACACCGUUUGGCAAUACAGGAGAGAAAUUCUCAAGGAACUAAAUUGCAAUUUAUACGAUGAACUGGAAUAUAUUGAGGAUGUGAUUCGUGACAACCCCAAGAACUAUCAAGUUUGGCAUCAUCGUCGUGUUAUCGUGGAGACUCUUAAAGAUCCCAACAAUGAAUUAGAUCUCACCGAAGUUGUACUUAAUAUGGAUGCAAAGAACUACCAUGCAUGGCAACAUCGCCAAUGGGUAAUUCGGACAUAUGACUUAUAUGAGAAUGAACUUUCUUAUGUGGAUCGUCUAAUUGCCGAAGAUAUACGCAACAACUCUGCAUGGAAUCAACGAUUCUUUGUCCUCCGGCAUUUUGGCUUGACUGCCGAAGUUAUUCAACGUGAAUUGCAGUAUACCAUGAACCGCAUUCGAGUCGUGAAGAAUAAUGAAAGUGCUUGGAAUUUCCUGCGUGGUCUAUUGAAGCAAAGUGAUGGCUCUUUAGAUCAACAUACCGAUGUUGUUGAUUUUAUUGUGGAACUCUAUGAGAAUGGCUCAAGGUCUCCCUACUUGGUAGCCUUCCUUAUUGAAUUGUACGAAGAGAAAUCCCUACAAAAUGGUGAAGAUGUUUCGGAACAAGAAGCUUACGCAAAGAAAGUCUAUUCACUUUGUGACGAUAUGUCCAAGAAGCACGAUGUUAUUCGUCGGAAAUACUGGCAAUACAUUGCUGAGAGAUUACAUGCAAAACUAGAAGGACGGGUGCCUUAAAGUUGGUUGCAAAUCUUCCUUUUUCAUUUUGUAUUUUAUUUGAGUAGCAUUUAAGAGUAAUAAUACCUAUACACAGUUAUUUCUACAAGUUUUCAUUCAAAUAGAUGGAGAAAAUAAAUAUUGUUGUCAUUUUUGAAAUUACUGAA